AUGGAUUCUUUAUCAUUUGAGAAUAGAAAUAUAUUGGAAUCAGUUAAUAUUAAAGAUUUGAAAGUAAAGGAUGAUGCUGAGAACAGUGGUAUCGCUAUCGAUAAGUUUGUAGAGCAUUUCGAAGAGACACAGAUCUACUAUCUGUUCUACCGAUUCAAACAAAACAAAGGUCCUAUUUUCAUAUGGGUCAGUGAAGCUACACUACCUGCUACUCUAAACGACUUGCUUGUCUCAAUGAAUACACCAAUGGUAUGUUUCCUUUCAUUUCCUAUCAUAUCAUUUACAAAUGUUAAACCAACUAUAAAUUUAAAGGAUAAUACACCUGCAGUAUCGACAUUAAUGACAACUGGUAAAGAUUCAAAUUCAAAAUCAAUCAUACAAAGAAUAGGUAUUGUGUAUAUUUAUUAUAAAUUAUUUUAA